ACGAGAUUUUGACAGUAGUUGGCUUACAGACAUUGUGGAGUGAGGGUGUGCACGCUCCCGCGUUUCGUCCGCGGCUUUCACGUGGAUUUAUUUAUUAUAACAACAAUUAUGAGCCUGGCUGUUUUACUACAAGCUGCAGAAUAUAUCGAACGGCGGGAGCGGGAGAUGGAGCACGGCUAUGCCUCUACCUUACCUAUGCCCGACCACUACAGAUAUUCAAAAUCCUCCAAGCGAUCGCGAUCCAAAUCUAAGUUGCAGAGUAACCGGACGACACACAACGAGUUGGAAAAAAACAGGCGGGCGCACCUGCGGACGUGCCUGGAGACGCUGAAGGAGAUGGUGCCGCUGGGACCCGACGGCUCCAGACACACCACGCUGGGCCUCCUUACUCGCGCCAAGCACUUCAUCAAGAACUUGGAGGAUAAAGAGAGGAAGCAGACGGCUCACAAGGACCACUUGGCCCGGGAACAGCGGUUCCUCAGGAGGCGACUCGAGUCCUUGGGCCCCGGCCUCCUGCCUCCCUUCGACGUGGAGAUCAUGGGCAAGCGUCGGUCCGUCUCGGAGAGUUCCUCCUUCUCCUCCUCCUCAUCUGCAUCUUCCUCCUCCUCUUCCUCUACCUCAGAAUCAGGUGAGCUGUUCAAGGACCUGGCGUCCCCGCUGGCCUGCUCCUCUUCCCACAGUGCAGAAACUGAUGAGGUAGACAUACUGGGUUAUGCGAGCAACCAGAGCGACACUGACGACCACUCCUCCAUCCAGUCUUCGGCUAGUGACGGGGGAGUCACCAUCUCCACCCGCCGCCUCACCAUCACCGAGCCCCAUUCAGAUACCCUCUAGGUGGUGGCAAGUGUCUAGGAGACAGGAGUUGUGGUGGUACCAGGCAACGUUGGAUCUGAGCCAAGCAAGUUUUGGAUAACAUGGAAUGCGGAGCUGCAGGCAGGCUAAUACCAAGAAAUCUGAAAAAUCCUGUUCAAACAAUCUAAAUCCACAUUGAAGAGUCUUUGCUGAUAGAACGACCAAAUCAGCACCCUCGGUUCUUGUUUUAGCAAAACAAGUCUUAAUAUUAAUUCAGGACACCAUUAAUAAAAGCUUCCUCUUCUCCAUGAUAUCUAAGAACCCUUGUGGGCUUAUUUUAAACAAGAUUAUGGAACAUCAAACCAACAUCCACCACGAUAUUUUUAGAUUUUUAUUUUUUUGUUAUUUAUGCCAAAAAGAGAAUGCUACAAAGUACAUUAUUAUAAUAAAUGAUGUGAACUUAAGAACAUUUUUAAAAUUAUUUGAACAACUGGAGAAGUGUUCAAGCAGUGAUGAGCGAUUGAUGUGCAGAUAUAAUACAAUAUUUUUCUUUUAUGAGAUGGAUGUAUAAUUGCUCUUUCACAUGUAAGAUCAUUUCUCAUUUUCCAAAAUCCCAACCUCUUCUUCCAUCCAGCCUAACACAAGAAACUUUCUACUUCUACACUUGUGUAUAAGUGUUUUGUGUUGGAAUAAUAUAAUGAAAACAAUCCGUUCUAGUCACUCAAAAGAUUCCCAGAGAUGGAUAUUGCUGCAUUAUAACAAAUGAAAAUUGUAAUGCUUGAAUAGUUAUUAAUUUUAGUUGCUUCGAUCCAAACAAUGGAACAAACAGCAAGAAUAAUAUAGUUUAUAUUUUUUGAUAAGGCGAGUACAUAAAAUGAUAGCAAGGUUGGUAGUUGAAACAAGGCCAUUGAUUUGUAAUAACAUUACAGUUGAGAAUAAGGAAGGUAUGGGACCGGCAAGACCUGACCCCCUGCUACCUCCUGGCAACCCAUUUUUGACAAAUUGUAACUCUGUACUAAACAGUUUUGCUUAGAACUAUCACUAACCUUAUUUUGCAAAUUCAAAAUUAAUUGGCUUUGUUCCUUGGAGAAUGUACAAGUGAAGUCAAUCAGUUGGUCAAGGAUGCAGAGUCAGUGAGUUGUCCAUCUUAGCUACCCAAAUCCAAUGUGGAAUGUGUUGAUGGAUAUCCACUCAAAAGACUGUGCCCAGGAGUCCCUCCCCCUCUCACUGUAAAUUUUCUCCUACUUUACUAUUUAUCAGCAUCUUUUCCUACAAAAUUAUGCUAUGCUAUGCUCUUAUUUCCUUAAAAAAAAAAAUACAUUAUGGAUUUCUAUUUACACUUUAAUGUGUUCUUUCUCAACCCAAUUUCUUCAUUUUAUGUAAUCAAUGCAGCCUCAUGUGUUGGUGAGAAGCAAGGGCUAAGUAUGCUGUUUGUUUCAGGUUACCUUUUGGUAUUUUCUUUGCCAUUCUCGCAUUCCAAUCUUGCAACUAGAAAAACUUUCACCCCAGAAGGAUGGAGAAGAGUUGGUGCUAUAAAAAAGGAUUUUUUUAAGAAUGUGGAUUUGUUCUACUGCCAGAAAAACUGUUAAAGUGUGAGAUUCAGAUUGAUGUAUGUGUAAACAGAUAUACCAUACUUUGUUGGAGAAGUGGAAUCUGUGAUAGACCUCUGAAAAUGAGUGAAAUAGUAACUUUUUUAUACACAAGAACAUUGAAUGCAAUAAUUACUGCCAGCUUUUUAACUGCCAUCCCAUAGAAUGCAAGAAAGAUUUCCACCGACAAUACUGAACAAGAAUACCCUAACUCCACCUCUGUUGAUGGCUCUGGCCUAGCUACUUUUACCAUGCAGUUUGAUAUUCCAUAAACGAGUUGGUUUUGCAUUAUGAACAAGGCUCCACUGAUGGGACACCUGGGCUGUCUCUCCUGUACAGUGUAAAUACUGACUAGUACAACGUGUAGAGUCUGGACACAGGGUACCAGCCUUUUCCACUGGACUCCUGGUAGCUUUAAUUUUUGCUGAUUCCAUAGGAGUUUUUUUUUUUCCAAUCAUUGUCCUUAUAGAUUUAUUUAUUUUAAUUAUUGUAUCUAAUGGCCUUGGCUCCAAAUGCCCCAGCAAUUCCAUUUACAAUUGUGUUAUUUCAGAUUAUCUAAAAAAAAUUAAAUUUAUCAAAAUGAUUAGCUAAUAGUACAUUUUAGUUUAUAGAUUAUAUUGUAGUUCAAUUCCUUACAUCCUCAUUUAAGCACUAACUCAAUGUGAAAACAGAGACACCUUGUUCUUACAGACUUGAAUCCCAUUUGCAGACACGCACAGACCUCGGUGCACUCGUCCAUUUACACGAGCCACUAUGUGCAUGUAUGGCAGUUGACCACAUGCUCAUUGAUCAAAGUGUACAUGAGGUACUGCUUGUAAAUGUUGUGGCUGCAAGCCGUCCCAAGGGGUGUUGGGUGGUGCCGUGAUAAGUUCUUAGGAGAUAAUAUAAAUUAAUGUGUAUUUCAAGUCAAUUUUGUUUAAUUUUAGCAUUUAACUAAGGCCUGCACUUGUUUUAAACACUUGUUUGUGAUAAUUAGUAUGUUCAUUAGUGCUCCCUUAGCUUCAAAGUGUUAUGGUUAGCUGUGAACAUCUGCUCCUUAAUGUGUUAGGAUAAACAAUUACAAGCCUUAACCAAUUUCUAACAGACAAAUUUUCCUACUCAGCAAUGAAUUGGCUAAAUUUCAUAACCGAGUAAUGCACCAUCUUCUGUGAAGAAACCUUGCACCACCCAAAAAUCACCAGCAUUGAAGAGUUCUGGCUUGUCUUUCCACAGACCAUCCUCUUGAUAAGCUUAAAUGUGCAAUAACUGUUACUGAUAAGCUGAACAUUGUUAGACAAACUUGCAAUGGAGUACCACUGGCAAAGCAACAGUAUCCUGUGCACCCUCAGGAAUUUUCUUCAAUGGAUAGCAAUCUGCGCCACAUUUCUAGAUAAUUUACCUGUGAACUAUAGCUUGGGUAUAACUAAGCUGUGAGAAUAAUGUACUGUACUUCUCUACAUCAUUGUUGUUGUAAUUUUUACAAAGUGAGGCUUCUAUAAGAUGAAUAAUAAUGACAAAACUUCUCCUUGUCAUGCAUUUGCCAUGAUUUGGUUUUAAAUCAAGAAUAAUAUUUCCAUAGUGAUGAAUAUAUUACAAGUUAUGUGUGGGUAAACUGUUAGCAUAAGUCAUCAUGACCCAUUACCCACAGGGCCUUGAAUGUUACUGUAGUCAGUCGCUACCAACCAGCUGUAAACUAGUGCUGCCAGUUUGCAGGUUACAGUCAUUCAUAAUUAAAACCGAUGUAGGAAAAUUUUUAUCAUAUGUCUAACUUUCGAUAUUAACUGUUUAAAUGUAAAAUUGCAUAGCCAAGAAGCAUGGAAGUGCGAUGUACCUGUAAACCUGGCAUCACUUGUACCUUAGACUCUGCUAUCCAGGAAAGUUGCCUCAGUGCACCAAAUUUUUCUUGCCUCACCCAACUUAACAUAUCUACCCACACAUUUUGUGCUGGCUUGAUGGUUCGUCCACCUCAGUUUGAAGUUUAAUCCCACUUUGUAAUUGUAGGUAAAAGCUCUAUACAAUGUUGGUGACUGUGAGUAUGGCUCAUUUGUCUCAGCUUCCAGAUUUUACCAUGCAUUUAUUUAGCUCCAACCUACAAUCUUACAAACCAAUUUCUGUGUCUAAAGAAAUUUAAACGGGCAGGCUUAAGAAAAGGUUUCACCAAAAUAUGGAAUGAAGCUAUCCAAAUUGGUAGUGGGUAUGAUUUUGGUGGGGGGAGAGCAGAGUCCCUUGCGACACCGAGGUUCUUCCCUCUUAAUACUUUAGUUUGAUCUCGUGAGAUGCCUGGACAGAAUACACAGCAAUACAGUAAGUACCUGCAUGUGAAGUGUCCACUGUUUUAUCAAGAGACAUUCACAGCAGUGCAAAACCCAGAUUCAAACUAGCAAGGAUAAUACAAUGUUCUGGGACAGCUGCUGAUGUGUAUUGUGUCACUGGUGCCCACCCGAGCACACUGACAAGUGCAGCCGGGGCCGUAGUGCCCAAGAGGCCCACCAUCUGUCAUCACCACUCCUAUUUACUGCCUGCAUUACAAUAAAGUGAAACUUCUGACUUAGUCAGGAUACACAGGAUCUUUCGUAGAGUGUCGGUAAACAAUUAAAUCUAUUUUGUUGUGAACAAUUGAUAAUCUGAAUGUUAAUGAGUAUAAACACCAUGGUGAUGGUGAUGGCAGUAGGUGGGUGGUGAUGUGUGUACACCUUUAUCCUCAGUGGAACAAUGGGGUGGGUGCUCACAAAAAAAUGUACAAAAAAGAAAAAAAUUUGUUCAUAUUGUGUCAAUGUGUCUUUCCCUUUCCAUUAUUCUUCACGAGCCAUGUAGGAGCUGGGAAAACUGGAAUGCAAUCCAGAAUGUGUGAAAUUGGAAAAUCCCCAAACAGAACAUACUUGAAUCAUACUAUCUUCACCCCAUUUCCUAUUAUGGCUGUAGGUAGAAGUGCCCAAACCUCAUUCAUUUGACUGUAUUUGAUUUUAUCCUAUGUGUUGGAUUGUCUGAUGUGCUUCAGUCAUCCAUAGAAACACUCAUUGCAAAAACUCAUCUGUGUCUUAACAUUUCAUUCACCCUGCCUCAAACUUGUCAAAAACCUCUGCAUCAAAGUUAGAAAAUGCUACAAAAACAAUCCAUUAACAACUAAUCCCUUUGUGCUUGUUACAUACACUACUUAAAACUGAAGUUGGAGGCUGGUAUAGGUCCAUUGAGCAAGUGGUGUAUUCUAGUAGGAUGGGCCAUGCUCCUGUGUCCAAAACCUACUGUUUCCAUGAGAAACAGACCCAAGUACUGCUCGAGAAUUUAAUGCACAUUCAUAUGUUCAUAAUUCCAAUUCAAUAAAUGGAUAAUAAGCAGUGUAGAUUGUAAGAUAACCGACCAAAUGUAAAAUAUUUCAUAUGAAUAAUUUUACAAAUAGAUUGCCUUGGUCCUAUGUGUUAUGAUCAUUGCUUACAAGAUGUAAAUAAGUUUUGAACAGUGAAUGUGUUUGUGUUGAUUUAUGAGAGGGAAAGCUUAACUAUGGCAAGCUGUGAUGAGCAGACUCGCCCUGUGUGUGAGGGAUCGGCUGGAAGGUGAAAACGGGAGACUUCCUACUAGGGUAUUAGGUAGAGGCGCUUAGAAAUUUAUGGAUUUUAAAGUCUACAAAGCAAAGUUCUUUUGCCUUUGACUUUGUAAUGAAGAAAGCUAAUACUGUUCAUACAUUAAAUAUAUAACUUACACUCUUUGGGUCUACAAUUUCAUCUCUCCAAGAAAUUCAUCACAGCGAUACAAAGGCAAGGCUGCCCAGUGGCCUCAGGCUGCCAUGUAGUCUGUUUGUUGUCCACACCCUAAAAAGCCGUCCUUGGCGCCUUUUGCUGACUGCCAACACUACUGAAAGUUAAUGCUACUCAGGGGAUUCAAAACUUGCAAGAGUUGUUUUAUUCAACUUUUGCAGUGGUCCUCAGUCCAUUUAGUUAAAAACAAAGUGUAUUGAACAGAUUAGUGGGUGUUUAUACAAUCUAUAAAUCACUUCAUAUGACGGUUUGUGUAAUUGCUAAUAAUUCGUCUUGUGAUCCGGCAGCCUUCCAGCCUAUACAAAAUAAGAUCCCUCCACAUGACUUAUUAUUACUGAUUAAUAUUCUUAUUCUCCAAUUACUUCCGACCAAUCAAAACUCGACAGUCCUGGGUUCUUAGACACACUGAUGGAAUUAGACUCAAUUACUGGCCCCCUUCCCUCUUCUGCCAAUAGAUCAGCCCCUUCUCAAGUCGAACCCGCUAUGUGUCGCAAAUACCAUUAAUGUACAUAUUUCUGGUAACUGUUGUUUCUGUUCUACAUGAUUUUCUUGAAUCUAAAAUAAAAAUAAUUUGUGUAAA